AUGUACUCUUCGUCUCUCCGCCAGAUUCUUCUCGCUCUCGCCCUGUGCACGGGCUCGGUUCUCGUCCAUGCUGCACUGAUGCGCCCUACACACACCGUCAAACAUUUCUUCGACACUCGGGCAGAAAAACUGAAUCCACCCACCAGCCACUUGAACCGCGUUGCGCUGGCCGACCCCGUACCCAUGACCAACGCAAAGCGAUUGGCACGCGGUCUCUCGCCGAAUAGGCCACGUUUCCAUCAGCAUGCACGUCGUGUCGUCCCAUCUGCUGUGGCUGCAGUGUCAGCAUGCACAACACAAACCGGGAAGAUCGCUGUCGCCGCUGCGAACAUCGCCGCAGGGGCGUUCGUAUCCCGCAUUCCAAACCAAUACGGAGAAUACGGCAUAACCCCGCAGGCGUCGGACGCCCUGAUUGUGCAAUUCACCCAAUGUGGGGCCGACGGACCUGUAACCAUCGAGACCCAGAAUGGCGCGGCCGAUUACCUGUUCCUCGGCGCAGUGGAGGGGUUCGAGAGUACUUCUUCCGAUCUUGCUCUUGGAUCGGCCAAUUAUGCCUACCUGAGUGGCACCGCGCAAACCGACCCUGGAGCGGUCCCGCAAGCGGUGGGCAAUACUUUCACGGACGCGACCGCUCUCACAGAAGGCGUGGAAAGCGCCAUCUGGUAUGUAGACAGCACCACGGGGGUAAUUAGCGUACAAUGGAUCAACGAAGAUGGGAGUUCACCUGCCACCACAAUCCUAUACAGUGAAGGAGCCGGCGCGUUCGUGCUGACAGGCGAUCCGAACGAGUUCGUUUCAGUGUAUGGUCAAUCGCCUACAGUGACACUCACCUUCGUCUCGUCCUGA